AUGGCUCCUAUUCACUUAGCAUGUAAAAAGGGAAGAUUAAACUUGAUCCAGUACAUUAUAAAACACAUACCAUCAUCACUUGAACUACCUCACAGUAAAAAUGGUCGUACUCCAUUUCUUAUUGCAGUGUACUUCAAUCAGUUAGAAGUUAUCAAAUAUCUUAUUAGUAAUAAGUGUCAUCUAUCAGCUACUGAUGAUGAAGGAUCUGGAGCAGUUCACAUAUCAGUAGAGAGGGGCCACUUGAAUGUAUUGAAGUAUCUCAUGGAUAAUGAUUAUUGUAAUCCUAAUGCAACCAAUCAUCAAGACCGUACACCACUACAUGUUGCUGUAGCAGCUGAACAGUACGAAAUAUUGAAAUUUUUAUUAACAAAUAAGUUAAGCAUACUUAUUAAUGUUCAGGAUAAUCAUGGGAACACACCACUACACCUUGCUUGUAUGUGGAGACAAACAAGAAUUGUAUCACUUUUAUCCAGUGCUAAUCUCUCUUCUAGUAUCAAUAUAUUAAUUACUAACAAGAAAGGACAGACACCAUUACACUUAGCAGUUGCCUCUGGUCAUAAGGAUACCACUGAAGCUUUACUGUUCUCAGUCACUGGUAGUUCUACUCAUCAUGAUCUCCUUACAGCUACUGAUACUAAAGGAUGCACUGUGUUUCAUAUAGCUUGCAGUAAUGACUGUAUUCAUGUGUUUCGUUAUUUAUGCCAUGUUUAUCCUCAGGGUGUUAAUGCAAUGGAUAAUAGAGGACGUGGUUUACUUCAUGCAGCAUGUGAGGGAGGAGAUAUUGAAAUAGUAAAAGAACUUGUUGAGAAGUAUAAACUAGAUCCUAAAUCACAAGAUAAAAAGGGCAUCACAUGUUUACACUUAUUAACAAAAAGAAAGAGAGCUAAGAAAUUAUCCUUAAAGAUUGGGGAUGUUGCUUCUGGUCAUACUCCUCUUCAUUAUGCUUCUUGUUCUGAUAAUAUUUGUAUGGUCUGUUAUCUCAUAGAGACCUUCCCCUGUACUCCUGAUGAUCCUGAUAAUAAUGGAUACACUUCAGUUCAUGGAGCAUGUGAAGCUGGUAGUAUGGA